CUGCCCCUCAGUCUCGCUAGAGCGCUUUCGAUAUAACAACGUCAAUUUCGCCAUGAUGGAUUCGAAUUCAAAUUCGUACGAUAUGUAUUCACCAAAAAUAGAAAUAGACUCUGAAAGUGAGAGAGAUUAUUCGAGGCGGGAUUCGAAUGCAAAAUUCAAAGUGCAUUGGAACUCUGAGAACACCAUGAAAUUGAUUGAGACUAUGGAGAAGGAGUGUAGAGAGUUGUGGGAUAUAAAGAAUCCGUUGAACAAGGACCGGAACGCGCGGCAAGCGAAGUUUGAGUAUUUGGCGGAGAUAUUUGGUACUACUGGGGAGGAGAUAAGCCGGAAGGUCCACAAUUUGCGGACGCAGUUUAACAACGAGUUGCGCAAAAUAAAGCGUCGUCAGGUGACGCGGAGCGGGUGGGAGUACUUCGAUGCCCUCUCGUUCCUGAUGCGUGCGCCCUCCGCCGACCCUCUCGAGACAGUGGACGCGGUUAAUUUGGAGCUAGCUGAGUUUCAAGCUGAUGAAGAAGAGGAAUUCGGAGCAGCCGCACGAGCGCACGCAGCCCUCACGAACCAGCUCAAUAAUGCCAACAGUAGCCCCAGUAGACGGCUGCACAGACCCCUCAGGGUUGCAGCAUCAGCCCCCCUGCCUUUGCCACCCAGUGCUAAUCCGCUGAUGUGGCCUGAGGAACCGACGCCGAGGAUCAGACCUGGGUUGAACGCUGAUGAGUGUCAGAUAUUCGGCGACUUCGUAGCCUCGGAACUAAGGACACUGCGGUCCCACGAAUCCCGCAAACGUCUGAAAAGAAUGAUCCAGAAAGCGAUCCUGCAAAUCGGCGAGGAAGAAGACGUCAACAUGAUCAGUGGAUGACAUAGAAGACUGUCACUCGAUUCUACUGAGUAGACCGUCUACUUCUAGAAGAUUCGAGUGAUGUCAGUUACUCUCUGACAUUUAUUUCUCGCACAGUGGUCAUUGUGAUUCAAGUGUAUGGACACAAACGGAAUGUUCAGUGACUGUUAUUUAGCUUAAAAAUGGCCUAUUUAUCUGUGUUGUUAGAUAAAUGCGUGAUCUGAUAUAAGAUCUGCUUUGUAUGUAUUUCUAGUAUUAGAUAGGUAGUUAAUGCAUAUUUAUAUGUCGAAAUAUAAAUUACUGAGGAAUGUUAAUAGUGAGUUGUAAAAUAUCUCGAAAUAUUCGCUCGCUGACUGCUGAUGUAGGCAAAAGUUGAAUCAGUGUCUUUUUAAGAUUCUGUCAAGAAGAAAUCAAGAUUUUUUUGCUUCUAAGUUACUACACAGUGUAAGAAUGAAA